CAAGCCACAACACCGGGCACGCAGUACAGUGUGCUCUCUCUAGACAUGGCUACCGGUGAUCGUGGCUUAGUUUUCAAAAUAUUAACUAUCACCUUGUUGCAUGUGUUAAUUACAUGUUACGCUGCGCCUUUAAUACAGGAUGUUGAAACUAAUGAAGAUGAUGUAAGCGUAGACGACGAAUUUGGAGAUUACUUUGAAGGGGACAUGUUGUUAAGGCCACAUCAAAGGCAGGCCAUUUCAACGGCGGAGAUGAACCGCAACGGCCUUGUGGACGGCGUCAAACGAUGGCCGGACCGUACUGUCGUUUACGAUAUACAAAAGGAUGAUUUUGACGAGGAACAAAUUCAAAUGAUAGAGUCUGCAAUGAAGGACAUCGCCAAUAAAUCAUGUAUCAAAUUCAGAGCUAAAGAAAAUGAUGAACACGCAGUUCUCAUAAAGGGUACAUCGAACGGUUGCUUCUCUAAUGUAGGCUUUACCAAUGUAAGUGAGGAUGAGGAGGAGGUGCGGCAGGUGCUGAACCUUGCCAAGGGCUGCUUCAAGCACGGUACUGUAGUGCACGAGAUGCUCCACACUCUCGGCUUCUACCACAUGCAGAGUACUUAUAACAGAGAUGAAUUUGUACAGAUCAUAUGGGAGAAUAUCAAAUCAGGCACAGAGCACAACUUUGCUAAGUACAACAAUGACACAGUGACGGACUUCGGUGUCGAGUAUGACUACGGCAGCGUGAUGCACUACCCCGAGGUUGCGUUCUCUAAGAAUGGAAAUAAAACUAUUAUACCAUUGCAGGAUGGUGCGAAAAUUGGCCAAAGAAUAGGAAUGUCGGAGAGUGACAUAGUAAAACUUAACAAGAUGUAUUGUGAACCAGAAAAAGAAACAACUACAGAGAAAAUUGAUUAAAUGAAAUCUAAGAGAUCUGUAUUAUUUUAUUUAUAUUACAUUGUUACGGAAUUUACACAUUAAAUGAUUUAAUAUAUUA